AAAUGAGUGCAGCCGUAAACAGAUCGUGUCGGGCAAACGUGACAAUUCCGAUGAUAGCUUUCAAAAUAGCCCUCAAGUCACCAACGAAAUCAUACUGCAGCCUUAGCACGCUCUUACUUUGAAAGGUCCCGUCGGAAGCGCCACGUCCCUGCACGCUGUCUGGCCUGACAGACGGCGGGCGCGAGACGCUCCUCUCCUCCUCACGGCUGUGUUUGUCCAUCUUGGUCCCCAUUGUCUGCCCGUCAAGGCGAGCCCUCAUUUCGGGGCAUUUGUUCCGCUUCAAAUAACACCUCAAUGGAGUCUCACUGAAGCGUCGCCGCCACCGAGCGCUCCGGUCCGGACGGACGUAUCCGCCGCGGCGGCUCCGCAGGAGAAGCACCUGUGCGGCGGAGCUGAAGGCGACAUGACCCCGGCGACGAGGAGACGCGGCAGCCGGGGGAGGAGGACGUGAAGUGGCCGCGAUUCGGCUUCGUCGCUGGUCUCCUUUUGGGCCGACGACCGCGCAGGACGUUUUCUCCUCGCGUCCGCACUUCCUGUGAGGGGACACUUUGGACCACCUUUUGAUACAUAUUAGACAUUUCCGGGUUUGAACUAAGUGGAAUUAUUAUCCAGAUUAUUAUUGUUGAUUGAACUGGAGAACAUUUUUAUGACUGUACUAUAUUUUUCCCCCCAUGAUGAUUAUUGUCUCCGGGACCUAAGUUUUAUUUAUGUAAACCUUCUAUCCGUUUUACUUAUGAUGUGAAUUAAUGGUCCCUCCCACCCCAAAAAAAAGCCACGUUCCUGAAGUGCUUUCCUAGAGUAGACCAGUACCUUUUAUUGCUACCUGAACCAUCUUUCCACCCGAGCUCCAGGGUCCCACUCCCUCCCCAGCCCCCGAGGCCCGGCGGUGAGCACCUCGACUUGGCCCGAGAGCCCCGAGGAAGGAGGAAUCGCCAAUUAACAGAGAUCCGGGACGAGACAGGGUGCGGAGGACGCCAUGGGGUGCUGCAGCGGCAGGUGCACCUUGGCCUUCAUCUGUGGCAUGCAGCUGGUCAGCGUCUUCGAGCGUCAGAUCAUCGACUUCCUGGGCUACCAGUGGGCUCCCAUCCUGACCAACUUCCUGCACAUCAUCGUGGUCAUCCUGGGCUUGUUUGGCACCAUCCAGUUCAGACCGCGCUACGUCACCGGGUACGCAGCCUGGCUGGUCAUCUGGAUGACUUGGAAUGUUUUCAUCAUCUGUUUUUACCUGGAGGUCGGCGAGCUGUCCAAGGACUCUGACCUCGUCCUCACCUUCAACCUGUCCAUGCAUCGCUCUUGGUGGAUGGAGAACGGCCCCGGGUGCAGGGUGACCCCCGUCAGCCCUCCUCCCUCUUGGGCACCCGAGGACCACCGAUACAUAUCGAUAGCCGGGUGCCUGAUGGAGUUUCAGUUUGUAGAAGUGGCUCACUCCUCGCUGCAGAUACUCCUGGCUUUGGCGGGCUUCAUCUACGCCUGCUACGUGGUCAAGCUCAUCUCGGAGGAGGAGGACAGCUUCGAUUUUAUAGGCGGAUUCGACUCGUACGGCUACCAGGGGCCUCAGAAGACCUCCCACCUUCAGCUCCAGCCCAUGUACAUGUCAAAAUAAGACUAAGAGCCGGCUGCCUUACCACUGAUCGACUUCUUAAUUUGUUUUGAACGUUGGCUGAGGAGGACAACAAAAGAUUGAGACGCCCCCUUCUUCCUUUCCCUCCUCUGACGUCCUUAGCCUGUCGUGUCUAUUGCUGACGGUGCAACACUGCCCUCUGGUGGUAGGACGCAGUAACUGCAAGGCAUGGGAACAACCUCCAUUGGCUGGUGGUUUUGAACUGUUUCGUCGUGUUUGUGCAUUAGCGAAUCAUCCAUAUUCGGUUGACUUUUUUGGGGGGAACUUUUUUAGUGCCUGACAGGCUUACGGACACAGAGAGUGCGAGCAACAAAAGAAUGUCAGACGUCUUCGUUCCCUUCUUCCGGAACGGCUUGGAUUCUGGAUGUGACUGAACACGAUGUAGAAAAAUGUGAAUCUUAAAUGUUUACAGUCCGAGACAAUGCAACCAGGGGAUAGACACGUGCUUUUUUUUGUGUGCAUGUUCGGGCCUCUGCUAUCGAAAUAAUUUGUCUUCCACCAAUGAGCGGCGAGCAGAGUGCCGUGCCGAAGAUCACGAGACAAAACUUCCAUUCAUAACCAAGAAAUCUUCCAAAGUUCCAACACAUUGAUGACAAUCACGAACCCCGUUCACAUUGCCUAGAAAAGCCCACGGCGUUCGGAACGCGUGAAAAGAAACACGGCUUGGCAUUUUGGCGCACCACAGAGAAGAAUGUUGUUAACGACCACGAAAAAUUCCAAAAAUGUGCUGUGUAUGUAAAACGAGGCUUCAAAAUUGUGAGAAAUCGAGCCGUUCUCGGCGCUCUUCGGUGCUGUGGGCGUGUCCGCUGAAUGUGCUGAAACCACGCCCCGUUCAACUGUCAAUCAAACACCAGAGCUCCCACCUGCAAAAAUGGAUACUACUUUGUCAGCAUCUUUCUUAUGCCUGCACGUAACUCCAUGUUUGAGCCGCAAAAAUGUAUCCGCUUAAAGCUUCCGCUGGCUGGAUUCGGGUUAUCACGGGGCUUUUCCACCCCGCUACAACGAGGCGCUUGAAAGCGGCCAUACGCUGACUUUAUUUUAUUACCUUGGAAUUGGUUAUUUCAAAUGUAUUUAUUCAUUUCUAUUUUUUUCAUUGAUAUCAUUGAAUUUUUUUUUUAUUUAUUUUAAAUAAAAUAAAAAUUGGAAUAGAUUUAUGAAUUGGUUGGUUAUAAUAAUAUUAAGUAUAAUUAAAGAAUGAGUUAAUUAUAAUUAAACAUUUGGUUGACUAAGUAUGUACACGUUAAUUAAAAUUAGAAAAAAAAAGGAUCGAAAAAAAAAAAAUUUAAAUGAGCAUGAAUAGCAUCAGAUAAAUACAUACUUUUUUUUUUUUGCCUAAUUUACGAAUGACCUAGCCCAUCUGUCUGAUUAAAACAAUCUAGUCUGGCUCUUGAGGACAAACGUUUGCCCUCCACACUGCACACGUUCUCCAAAAAACAAUGUACCUGUAAAUGCGUCAUUAUCACGCCAGACGGCCAAUCGCGCAUUUUGUUCUGAUGACCAACCACCUUUUCCUCGAGGAAGCAAAAUCCGAUCUCCUGCUUGUUGGACAUUUUGGACUCUCCGGACCAAACAUUGAAGGCCUUCCUUGUUUGCCAUGUGACUCUCGUGACCACACGGAGGCUUUAAAACGACUUUGCUCGAAGGAUCCAGUCCUCUCUGGAGGUCACCGUUGAGGACUUGAGAACUUUGUGUGUUUGCAUGAGGUGUCGCCAAGCUCUUUGCAUAUUUACUAUCCUCAUGCCGCUCACGCGUGACUUGCGACUAGCUACUAGUCUACGAGGGACACCGUCCUCAAUGUGAACUUUGUUGUUUUUGUACCAGUAGGAAAUGUCCACGAGGGUAAAUAGUGUAAAAAAAAAAAAAAAAAAAAAAAAAACUGAAUUGUGACCUUGAACUUGUAGAUGUUUUUUAAAUCACGUUUUUUUUUUCUAGUUGACUAAUAAUGUAUGAUGUCGUGGAAAAGUGGCCGUGUGUCUUACUGUGUGUGUGUGUGUGUGUGGGGGGGGGGGGGGGGGUGCUUAUGCAGUGGUGCCUUUAGAUGAGUUUCAUUUGUUCUGUGGCCGUGUUCAUACAAAACUCUCAUCUCAAAUCAUCUCUUCUGUUUAAAAUUACAAUCCGUUGCAGCUUUCCCAACAAAUAUGUUUGUAUGUGUUUUUUAGUAAGUAAACUAGCACUCUAUCACAUUAUACUUCAUACAAAUAUAGUAAUAACAUAAUUACGUAAAUUGUAAAGACUUAAACAGUUCACCAUGAUUCAUGAAUUGCGGCUCCUUCUGGCGUGCGCUACUUGACCAAUGGGCUUUACUCAACUACUGUAGGUGACUCAGUAAGUAAUAUUAGUCCUUUUUCGCAGAGGGUAAAGAACGCUUGUGAGUAUUGUUAUAUUGUCUGUGUAGACGUGUUGCUGCACCGUUUGUGGUCAAAUACACUUCGGCCGAGCGGCAGCUCGUAUCUUGAAAAACUUGGGUGAGUUGGGUCACUUGUAUCUCAAGGCACCGCUGUACUUGCACUAGUUUGCUAGGAACGGGCAUCGUUUUCAUUCACUGCUCGUUAAUUGCCUGGUCAUCUCUUCGAGUGUCCGGUGUGUUAAGAUGCGUCCGUAAACACCGAUAAGCAAAAUUUCCCUCCCUUCUGAUCCAAGUCAGCUAAGGCCCGAUUGUCGGGAAAAAAAAUACAAUACAUGAUUCGGCGGGGUCGGAAGAUUCUGAGACGCUCCCAUCCCUUUAAAAAGAACGUUCCAAAAGUCAUCUUUUCAACCCCCUAACUACGACCUACGUUGAACAUUCGAACGGACGGCUGUGUUCAGUGCUGAUAAAACAUUUGCGUGUGUUGGGAAAGCAGGAGCAGACUAUUUACAGGCUUUACAGCCAGGCUGUCGAUGACAUUUCAGACUUUGAAACAGUCAAUAGAGCUUUUGUGUGGUGUUCCAUGUUUGGACGCGUGUGUGUAGACAGACGCGUGCAGCAGGUGUUAAGAACUUGCAGAACGAGCUGGAGUCGCGUUGCUUUUUUGUGUCAAUAAACAGUCGCCUGAG